AUGGCUUUGUGUGUCCAUUAUGUUGAUAAAAAGGGAAUGAUAAAGGAACGAUUUCUUGGAAUUGUUCAUGUUAGAGAUACCACAUCUUUGUCUCUUAAAGAAGCUAUAUUUUCUUUGCUUGAUGAGCAUUCUUUGAGUUUUUCAAGAAUUCGUGGGCAACGGUACGAUGGAGCUAGUAAUAUGAAGGGUGAACUUAAUGGUCUCAAAACUCUAAUCAUGAGAGAAACACAAUUUGCUUACUACAUACAUUGUUUUGCUCACCAACUUCAAUUAACUCUUGUUGUCAUUUCUAAGAAAAAUAAAGAUUGUGGUUGGCUUUUUGAUGCACUUGGAGAUUUGUUGAAUGUUGUUGGAUCAUCAUGUAGGCGAAAAGAUUUGCUUAAAGGAAAACAAGCUGAAAAAACUGCAAAAGCCUUUGAAAAUGGUGAAAUUGUGACUGGAAAAGGUUUAAACCAAGAGCUUGGUUUAGGUAGGCCGGGUGAUACACGUUGGGGGUCUCAUUAUAAGUUGAUUUUGAAUGUGAUUUAUUUGUAUUAUACAAUACGUGAGGUACUUGAUUUGAUUGGUAACGAUGCUCGAAAUGGUGAUGAUGCUCGAAAAACCAAUAAUGUGAGUUUUGCAAUAGAGUCAUUUGAUUUCAUUUUCAUGAUUCACUUGAUGGAGAGAAUAUUUGGGAUUAUGAAUGAAUUAAACAAAGCUUUACAUAGAAAAGAUCAUGAUAUUGUCAAUGUUAUGCCACUUGUUACUUUAACUAAAGAAAGAUUACAAAAUAUGAGGGAAAACGAGUAG